CUAAAUUCCUUAACCCAACCCAUCAGCUACUCCAGAAUAAUCCGAGGGAAGAAAAUAUCCACCCAACCUCCUCUCCCUUUCAAACUCUUCUAUCCGCUCCACUUCAAUUCUCAACCAUAACCUCAAAACAAGCAGGAGAAAGACAUGAAGCCCCACCCGCCAUCAUCUGCUCCCGCCUUCCUCCGCCUCUUGCCGAGAGCCGUCUCGUUCCUCCUCCUCUUCUCCCUCGGCUACACCCUCGGCUUCCUCUCCACCACCACCACCUCCUCCUCCUCCUCCUCCUCCUCCUCGUCCUCCUCCCACUCUCCUCCCCAAUUCCACGUCCAAACCCAAUUCCAAUCCCAACCCGAUAGCGCAAUCCUAGUCUCCACAUCGCCCCCGCAUCCACCUUCGCCACCGCCGCCGCCGCCGCCGCACGACCUGCUACGCUUCCGCACUAAGUGCGCGGACCCCAUCCCCCAGCCGGAGAACCUGCGCACGGUGCUCGACCGCGUGUACAACGGCAGCUCCCCUUACGCCGGCUUCCCUCCUCCGGCCAUCGCCCCGCUUCUUUACCCGCCGGCCCGCCGCCCCCGCGGCUGGGGCUCCACCAAGCCAGUCUUCCGCGAGCUCAUCGAAUCCGUCCGCCCCCUCACCAUCAUCGAGCUCGGCACCUUCCUCGGCGCCUCCGCCCUCCACAUGGCCGCCAUCUCCCGCAACCUCUCCCUCCCCUCCCUCAUCCUCUGCAUCGACGACUUCCGCGGCUGGCCGGGCUUCCGUCACCGCUUCCCCCGCGACGUCCCCCGGCCCCUCCACGCCGACGCCCUCCUCCUCUCCCAGUUCAUGCUCGCCGUCGCCGCCGCCGGCGAGGCCGACCGCGUCAUCCCCGUCCCCUUCUCCACCGGCUCCGCCCUCGCCGCCCUCUGCGACUGGGGCGUCUACGCGGACCUCAUCGAGGUCGACGCCGGUCACGACUUCCACUCCGCCUGGGCCGACAUCAACAUGGCCUACGCCGUGCUCCGCCCCGGCGGCGUCCUCUUCGGCCACGACUACCACACCGCCGCCGACGACCGCGGCGUCCGCCGGGCCGUCACGCUCUUCGCCAAGGUCAAGGGCCUCCACGUCCGGCCCCACGGCCAGCACUGGAUCCUCUCCCCCAAGCCGCUCGAUCAUUGAUCCAUCCUUCCAUCCCAGAAUCGUAAUAAUAAACCUAUUUGACUGUUCUUUACUUUUGUUCCUACCUUUGAGAACAAACUUGUACCAUCUUUUAGUUUCACUGUUAAUGUUUCUUUCAUUUGACCCCCAUGAAAUAAUAUUCACAUGGUGGGCGAGACGUAAGAAGUUAAGCAACUACAGAGAGAAAAUAAAGAAUGGUGUUUCACUGAUUAUUUUUCAAGAGAAUAAAACGUGAUGAUAGUGUUGA